AUGCAGACCCAGCUUCCAGUGAAACUGGUAGUAUUGGGAGAUGGUGGUGUUGGGAAAACUGCACUGACCAUCCGACUUUGUCUGCGAGAUUUCGUCGAGACAUAUGAGCCUACAAUUAAAGACUCAUAUCGGUAUUCAACUAUAAUUGACGACGAGAGAUACAUACUAGAAGUGCUAGACACAGCUGGUGACGAGGCCUACGCCAGAUUACGGGAUCAAUGGGUCAGAAACGGCCAAGGUUUUCUGUUGGUAUACAGCAUCUCCUCGCGACCUUCUUUCGCAACUAUCGGAAACCUCUUCCAACAAGUCCUGCGGGGAAAGGAGUGCAACCCACAGUACGCAGCUGCUUCGCCCCCGAAGAACUUACCUAUUGUGAUUGUGGGCAACAAGAGCGACAGGCUGGCCGAACGACAAGUUUCAAUCACAGAAGGGAGCGAUCUUGCUGAGAAACUGGGCUGCGGCUUUAUUGAAAUCUCCACAAAGAUCGGGUCUAACGUUGAGAAGGCUUUUCACGAUGCAGCCCGGGUGGUACAACAGGAUCAGGCUGAGCAGAAGGGGGAGGCUAGUGACUCAGCACUGGUGAUCAAGGGUCUUGAUCGCCAGCAUGACGACUGUUCUUGCAUCAUCUUGUAA